AUGAUAUUUUAUAUAUCGCAUAUUUUACAAUCAAAUUGUAUUAUUAUUGACAAAAUGACAAAUUCGUUUUAUCAAACUAUUGCUAAUCGUUUUG